UGAUAAUGAAGGGGAGGGGUUGAGAAUGAGAGAGAUGUGCGCCCCGCGGUCUGCAAGCAUCUCAUUCAGACGAGCAGCGGCGACUAAUCGCGGUGUCACACCGGCGGCGUUUUCUCCAUCUGAUGUGAAACACCCAGGUUUAGUUUACCGCACAUUUAUGUCUCAGUUUAUCAGAUUCAUUUGGAGCCGCUUGUUGUUAGAAUGCGUCCAGGAGGAGCGCGUCCUCCUCCUCCCGAUGCUGUGCAGUCCUCUCUGUGUCUGUGUCUCAUAGUUGUCCUCCACUGUGUUGUUGAGGCUGCUGUAUCUGAAGGCGCUGUUUACAAUGGAGAAAAUAAGCAGGGUUCACUAAGGAGCAUCCUUGACCAGGUACAGAGUUAUGAGAUCAUUUAUCCCACAUGGCUGCAUCCUCACAGACACAGGAGGUCUGCCAGUACAGAGUAUCCUGCAGAGACACAGGUUCUGAUCUCAGCUGAGGGCAGGGAGCUCAAGCUACACCUGGAGAAAAACAAGCAGCUGUUGGCCCCUGGAUAUCAGGAAAUAUGGUACACUCCCGAUGGAGCCCGCAAGUCCUCCUCCCCUGCCAACACUGGACACUGUUUCUACCACGGGGAGGUUCUGGGCAUGGAAGGGUCAAGUGUUGCUGUGAGCACAUGCUCAGGACUCAGGGGACUGAUUUCUCUAAACACAAGCGUCAGCUACCUGAUAGAGCCUAUUCCUGUUUCCAUGGGCGCACAGAGGCACGCUGUGUUCAGAGCCGAGAGUCUCCAUCUACCCGGAGGUAUCUGCCUGCAUCACCAUGGCAACAGGGAACAUGAGGAGGGUCUUAACGACUUCAUCCAUGGAAUGAUGUCACCACGGAGCACAAGGGAAAAAAGGGACCUGAGCACGAAUAUGAAGUACGUAGAGCUGCUGAUAGUGGCAGACAAGGCAGAGUUUGAGAAGCAUGGGAGUAGUCUCGAGAAGACCAAACAGAAAUUACUGGAAGCGGCCAACUUGGUUGACAAGUACUACAAGGCUUUGAGCAUCCGUGUGGCGUUAAUCGGACUGGAGGUGUGGACUAGCCAGAACAUGAUCAGCGUGUCGGACAACCCUUACAGUACUCUGGCAGCAUUCCUGUCCUGGAGAAGCAAACAGCUCCGUGCGCUGCCCAACGACAACGCUCAGCUCAUCACGGGGAGGGGCUUCCAGGGCACCACCAUCGGGCUGGCACCUCUCAAAGCCAUGUGCUCCGACUUCCAGUCAGGUGGAGUGAACACGGACCACUCAGAGUCAGCUGUGGGUGUAGCUGCCACCAUCGCACAUGAGAUGGGCCACAACUUCGGCAUGAGCCACGACAGUACAGGCUGUUGCCAGGCGAAGGCCGAAGACGGAGGUUGCAUCAUGGCUGCUGCAACUGGGCAUCCAUUUCCACGUGUGUUCAAUGAUUGCAACCUGAAGGAGCUGAAGAGCUACCUGAGCUCUGGAGGAGGGAAGUGUCUCUUCAACUUGCCAAACACCAGGUCCAUGUACGGAGGGCAGCGCUGCGGCAACGGUUACCUGGAGGAUGGAGAAGAAUGUGACUGUGGAGAAGAAGAGGAGUGUACCAGUCCCUGCUGUAAUGCCAACAACUGCACUCUGAAAGCCGGAGCUAAGUGUGCCCAUGGUGUCUGCUGCCAUAACUGCAAGUUGAAGAGCCCAGGUGUGCUGUGUCGUGCUCCCUCGGGGUCAUGUGACCUGCCAGAGUUCUGCGAUGGGAAGGCAGAGUCUUGUCCCGCUAAUUUCUAUCUAGUGGAUGGUGCGUCGUGUGCAGGCAGGCAGGCCUACUGUUACACCGGCAUGUGUCUGACCCUGGAGCAGCAGUGUCGCUCUCUCUGGGGACGAGAUGGACGUCCGGCCCCUGACCUGUGUUUUAGGAAGGUAAACGAAGCCGGGGACAUGUACGGGAACUGUGGCAAAGAUCUGUUUGGGAAGUACAGGAGCUGUAAGGACAGGGAUGCUCAAUGUGGGAAGAUCCAGUGUUUGACCACAGCCUCCAAGCCCAUUGAGAACAAUGCUGUUCGCAUAGAAACCACUGUCAGUGUGGGAAACAGGAAGAUCCAGUGUAUGGGAACACACGUGUACAAGCCUGGGCAGGGGGACGAGGAGGGGCAGGGCGACACUCUGGACCCAGGCCUGGUCAUGACAGGCACCAAGUGUGGUGAUGACUCGAUUUGCUUUAAUGGAGAAUGCCGCAAUGCAUCUUUCCUCAGAGCUGAUGAGUGCAAUGCCAAGUGCCAUGGACACGGGCUGUGCAACAACAAUCAUAACUGCCACUGUGACGCGGGCUGGGCUCCUCCUCUGUGUGACCAGCAGGGGUCGGGUGGGAGUGUCGACAGUGGACCCGUCAUCAUCCACAGCAAUCUCCUUCCAGUCCUGCUGGUCCUCCCGCUGGUUCUCUUUGUGGUUUUGGCUGCUGUUGGACUGUGGUGCUGCUACAGACAUAAACUCCACCCACUGAAAUCCUCUGCUCCACCUCCAGUGCCAAGUUGCUCAGUCCCGGUCGAAGGCAAGCCUCUGUAUGCUGAUGUACAUGUGAACGGUCAUACCAACCCGACAUUCUUGCUCAAAAAACAGGACUCAGAUCACCUGGGGAAAUCCUCUCCUCGUCCGAGCCCGUCUUGCUCAACUCGGUCCAAACAUGCUAUUGUGCGUCCAGCAGUGAAGCCUCCUCCUGUACCUACGUACGCUGCAGAGCAGAGAGAGCAAACACCUCCACAUGUAGCUUCUCCUCACACACAACACUCUCCUCAGGGUUACACUCCACCUCCUCCUAAAUCUGCGCAGCUCAGCGAGCGUAGACGGAACCAGGCUCCUCCACCACCUUCAGGAACUCCACCUUUACCUUCCCUGGACGCCAAAAACCACACACAGCAUUCAGCAGUACCAAAAACCCGACCAGACCCCCCAAACAGACCUCCACCGCCUUGUCCUGUCAAAAAGCCAUCAGGGGAACAGCAACACACAAGAGGCCUGCAGGUUUCCACUAAUGCCCUGCAGAGAGGAAAGGCUGCUUUGGCUCCAUCUGCUGGACAGAAAAAGCCAUACAGAAACUAAGAGCUCAGGAAAACGUUGGGGACCACCUCUCACAUCCAGUAAUGGACUGCCUCAAACUGUCUUUUUGAAUAUUAGCAGCAGACAAAGAAACUGUGGGAUAUGAUGGAUACUUGGCUCUCUAUGAAUUUCAGUGUAUUUACACUCAUGUGUAAAAUGGGUAAAUGGUAGAAUCACAGCGAGUCAUAGUACAUAUCAACAGGAGUAUGUUUUAGGUCUUAAAUCUUUAAUAUUCAGGCUUAAUCUGUGUUUUGCAAAUUAGCCCUAUGUGUCUGCUUCGACAACUUGAAACGGCGAAAGCCGUGAAUUUAAAACCUUUUUUGUUAUUAUUGUCCAAAUAAGUUAAUGGAAAUGUGAAAUAGUUCCAUUUGUGCCGCAGUUUUGAAAGACUGUUCCAAGAGUAUUUAUUCAUAAAGAAAAAUGAAUGUUUACAACGUAGCCUAUGUAAUAAACACGGUGUCUCUUAAAGAGCAUUAGCUGUAAAGGGAUAUCUUAUAUUAAGAAAAGAUGCCAAUAUGGAAGUGCUUAUGCUUUGUAUGUGUGAAUAAGAAUAGGAUUUUAACUGGACUAAAGUGGACCAGUGAAAGCUUUGCAUGCUGUAUUAUGCUUAUGAUGAGAGAUACGUGUCUGAUAUGUUGCAGGAAAUGUUAGGGAUUUAAGUUUUGAUAUUAGUUUUGUUUUAGUGAUUUUAUAUUGUUGUGGUGUUGCACUUUGAGCAAUUUUGUUAGUGUCAAAUACUCACCCCCUGAAGGCGCUAAAGCCUGCAAAAGGGGAGUAUUUGAUAAAUAUGUUGGGUAAAGUAUCACUUUAAAGUGAACAUUUGAAUCCACACUAACUUUUAUUUCUUAGUACUGUCACUGACAACCAGUGAUGAAGUUGUCUUUGUCCAGGGCAAAAUUUAAAACAAUUUCACUUUGGGAAAAAUAUGAGCCAUGAUGUAAUUUACACGUAGCAGUUAAACAUCAACAUUGCACCAUAAAUCUGAAUAAUUGUGCUCGUUCCUAGUAAGAUGUUACUGUUCAGCGGGAGUUCCCUUAUGACCAAAAUGCUCUAAAGUUACUCUUCUAUCUGAGAAGACUGUUACAUAUUCCAACAGUGAUAACUUUGUAAUUACUCUAAGGUACUGUCAAAACUGUGGUCCAUUUGACUGCUUGGGGAAAUGUUUAUCUGUAAUAUGGAAAUAGCUGCCAUGUGUUACCUUCUUAUCAGACCUAUGCAAACCAUGGCACUGUGCAACACUGUGUCUUCAACUGGAAUUCAAAUUAUCACAUGGGGAAAUAAAAGUAUAAUGUCAUACA